AUGUUGCCGGAAAAAAACCACCGUCGCUAUAAUCCACUGCUCGACGAGUGGGUGAUAGUGGCUAGUAAUCGAGUUUCUCGUCCUUGGCAAGGGAACAGGAUUGACGCGCCCUCAUUCAUGCCGACGAAUGAAACGAAUUCUCUAGCGCCUGGUGGAAAACGACGCAAUAAUGUGACCACUCCAUGGUACGAAUCGACUUAUGUAUUUGACAAUGACUUUCCAACCUUCACGGAUAACCUGGACGAAGAGGAUUCCCCUGUAGAAUCGCUGGAGUCGGGAGACGAAUUGUUCCGUCAGAUGGCAGUGAGUGGAAUCUGUCGAGUGAUCUGCUACCAUCCGGACACCAAAAAAAGCAUAGCUACUAUGACCCUUGACGAGGUUCUGCGUAAAUUUGUUUUACUAUCGUGCUUUUUUUUUGCGAUUUUUCGCAACUUCCAAAUUGAAGCCGUUUACAGACAUUUUCAGAUAUUCGAGAAUCGAGGUGCCGCUGUCGGUUGCUCAAAUGCUCAUCCCCAUGGGCAGUUAUGGGCUGGGAAUUUCCUACCAUCUCUGCCGUCUAGAAAGAACAAAUGUCAACGUUGUCCGUUUCCGUUCAGCAUGGGCUGGUUAGGUGCUCCGACAGGUCCUUCCCUAUGCGAUGACAACAAGUGCUGGCAGUUGCACGCAUCCUUCCAUCCACCGCUUCUUCGAUCAGGUUGUAUUCUCUAG